GAUUUUCUGACUGCACACACCGGGUAUUCAUCACAUUAAAAAACAUAGUCACGGCUGGAAGCGGCGGGUAAAGACGGACACUUUCCUCGGUCGUGUAUCGCUCCCUAUCCCACCUCUCUGACCUGGGCCGUCGUUGCUUUUUUCAAUUUUAUUUUUUAUUUUUGUAGGUUCAUUUCCCGUGACAGUAUCUCUGUGGCGUACUCAGGUUUCUUUUGCUGACAUGGUAGAUUAUCACGCUGCCAAUAACCAAUCCUCGGCAGGCGGGGUGCAGACCUACAUGGAGCAAGAGAAUGACUGGGACCGGGACCUGCUGCUGGACCCGGCCUGGGAGAAACAGCAGAGGAAGACAUUCACGGCAUGGUGUAACUCCCACCUGCGGAAGGCCGGCACGCAGAUAGAAAACAUCGAGGAGGACUUCAGGGAUGGGCUCAAACUCAUGCUGCUGCUGGAGGUCAUCUCAGGCGAACGGUUACCCAAGCCUGAGCGAGGUAAGAUGAGGGUCCACAAGAUCAACAAUGUGAACAAAGCCCUGGACUUCAUCGCCAGCAAGGGAGUGAAACUGGUGUCUAUUGGAGCAGAGGAAAUUGUUGAUGGAAACGCCAAGAUGACUCUGGGAAUGAUCUGGACCAUCAUCCUCCGCUUCGCCAUCCAGGACAUCUCUGUAGAAGAGACCUCUGCGAAAGAGGGUCUUCUCUUGUGGUGCCAGAGGAAGACCGCUCCCUACAAGAAUGUCAAUGUGCAAAACUUCCACAUUAGCUGGAAGGAUGGUCUCGCCUUCAACGCUCUGAUCCACAGACACAGGCCUGAUCUCAUCGAUUACGACAGCCUCAGAAAGGAUGACCCAGUGACCAAUCUGAACAAUGCCUUCGAGGUGGCUGAGAAGCACCUGGACAUUCCUAAAAUGUUGGAUGCAGAAGACAUUGUGAACACUGCUCGUCCAGAUGAGAAAGCCAUAAUGACUUAUGUGUCCAGUUUCUACCAUGCCUUCUCUGGAGCACAGAAGGCUGAGACAGCCGCAAACCGUAUCUGCAAAGUGCUGGCUGUCAACCAGGAGAAUGAGCAGAUGAUGGAGGACUACGAGAAACUGGCCAGUGACCUGCUGGAGUGGAUCCGUCGGACCAUCCCCUGGCUGGAGAACCGAACCCAAGAGAAAACUGUAAACGACAUGCAGGCGAAACAGGAGGACUUCCGAGACUACCGCUGUGUCCACAAACCACCAAAGGUCCAAGAGAAAUGUCAGCUGGAGAUCAGCUUCAACACUCUGCAGACUAAACUGAGACUCAGCAACAGACCUGCCUUCAUGCCCUCAGAAGGACGCAUGGUGUCUGAUAUCAACGGAGCAUGGCACACUCUGGAAGGAGCAGAAAAGGGCUAUGAGGAGUGGAUUCUCAGUGAGAUCAGACGUCUGGAGAGACUGGAGCAUCUGGCAGAGAAGUUCCACCAGAAGGCUGCCAUCCAUGAAUCCUGGACUGAUGGUAAGGAGGCCAUGCUGACCCAGAAAGACUACGAGACUUCCACCCUGUCAGAGGUCAAGGCGUUGCUACGGAAACACGAGGCAUUUGAGAGCGACCUGGCAGCACAUCAGGACAGAGUAGAGCAGAUUGCCGCCAUCGCACAGGAGCUCAACGAGCUGGACUAUUACGACUCUGCCAGUGUCAACGCUCGCUGUCAGAAGAUCUGCGAUCAGUGGGACGUCCUGGGAGCCCUCACCCAGAGCCGCAAAGAGUCACUGGAGAGGACAGAGAAGCAGCUGGAGUCGAUAGAUGAGCUUUACCUGGAGUACGCCAAGAGAGCGGCGCCCUUCAACAACUGGAUGGAGGGAGCUAUGGAGGACCUGCAGGACAUGUUCAUUGUCCACAAUAUUGAGGAGAUUCAGGGCCUGAUCACAGCCCAUGAGCAGUUCAAGUCCACCCUGUCAGAGGCCAACAAGGAACGAGAGGCCAUCCAGUCCAUCCAGGCCGAGGUGCAGAAGAUCGCCCAGAGCAACGGCAUCAAGCUGAGUGGAGCAAACCCCUACACCACCAUCACACCUGAGAGCAUCGACAGCAAAUGGGAAAAGGCUAUGGCGAUGGUGCCACUGCGUGACAACGCCCUGCAGGAGGAGCUGAACAAGCAGAACUCCAACGACACUCUGAGAGCCAAGUUUGCCACUCAGGCCAACGCGGUCGGUGCCUACAUACAGGACAAAAUGGAGGAAAUUGGCAGGAUAUCCAUUGAAAUGAACGGCACUCUGGAGGACCAGCUGACCAACCUGAAGGAGUACCAGACGAACAUCAUGUCCUACAUGCCUGAGAUCAACAAGCUGGAGGGAUUCCACCAGCUCAUCCAGGAGGCCCUCAUCUUCGACAACCAGUACACUUCCUACACAAUGGAGCACCUCCGUGUGGGCUGGGAGCAGCUGCUGACCACUAUCGCCAGGACCAUCAAUGAGGUCGAGAACCAGAUCCUGACGCGUGACGCCAAGGGCAUCAGCCAGGAGCAGCUCUACGAGUACCGUGCCUCCUUCAACCACUUUGACAAGGACCACAGUGGGGCCCUGAUGGCCGAGGAGUUCAAGGCCUGUUUGAUCAGUCUGGGCUACGAUGUGGAGAACGACAAGCAGAAGCGAUCAGGACAGAUGGUCUCAGAUGAUUUCCGGGCUCUACUCAUUUCUACGGGAAACAGCCUGGGCGACAGCGAGUUCGCUCGCAUCAUGGGCAUAGUGGACCCCAACGGCAGCGGCGCCGUCACCUUCCAGGCCUUCAUUGACUUCAUGUCCACGGAAACGACCGACACGGACACCGCAGACCAGGUCAUCGCCUCCUUCAAGAUCCUGGCUGCUGAUAAGAACUACAUCACAGCUGAGGAGCUGAGGAGGGAGCUCCCCCCCGACCAGGCGGAGUACUGUAUCGCCCGCAUGGCGCCCUACGCAGGGCCUGAUGCCGUACCCGGAGCCCUCGACUACAUGUCCUUCUCCACCGCCCUGUAUGGAGAGAGCGACCUGUAGAGGAGGCAAGAGGAAGAGGAAGGCUGGACAGAUCAGGGGUUGAGGGGAGGGGGGAGGGAGGGGAGAAAGAGGGGAAAGAAGGUAGAGUUCUUCUGCGCGUAGGGGAGGCACCAGGAAUCGAACGUUUGGAGGAAUUGGAGUGGUGGUUGUGAGGUGCCCCUGUGUGUGCCGGUUUAGAAAUCAUCAGAUUUUUUUAAGACUCUGAGCUUGUUGAUUGAACUGUAGUUAGGUUUGGCCUCCGCCGAAUGUUUUCCAGCUCCAUUAUGUCGUAAACAGAUUGAGAGUAAUCAAGGUUAAUUUUUCAUUAAAGUUUUAUAUGAACAGGCAUAUCCAGGGCAGCUGUGGGACAGGGGGACAGCUGCUCUGUGGUGCGGGUCCAUAGCUUCACCCUCUCUGCCUUUUGUUGGGUCAAAUAGGGGAUGAACAGGGGAUAGGACAUGGGGGGGGACACAAGCUAAUCUGAUACUUAUGCUAAUUUUUGUUUAUUUUAUUAUAAUUUUUUUUCUUCUUGCCAGGGGGGUUCAGGGUGUCAGGCGGGGAGCGGGCCGGUGUGGGGUUUGACGUGGUGACUGGCGAGGUUUGUGUAUUAGAUCCUAGAGAGAUAUAUGCUGUGGGGGUCAGGGGGAGGGGGGAGGGAGGGGAGAUAAAAUUACAUAUUUACCCAUAAUUCCCGUGUUGCUGGAUAAGGUGACCUGUUUAACCUCAGCUCUUUCCUCCUACUGUCUUUGUUUAUUUGUUUUUUUUUUUUUUUUUUUGUUUCGUUUUCUGGAGCAGGUGGGUGGUGGGGUGGGGACGGUGGUUGGUGCAGGUGGGAGGGCGGGGCUCAGCGCUGUACAUACUUAUUUUUUCAGUGCAAAGAAUGACACACGGUCCCAGUUGUUGAGAAUAAUUGAUAAGAGGCUUUCCAGUAGUGCAAAGCAGAAUGAUGUUUAUUAAAAAAAAAAUAAAACAAAAUAAAAUGACAAAACAGAAGAAUUGAAAAGCCAAUGAAAGCGACACAGAGAGCAGUUUCACCAGUGGAUAGGUUUGAGCUUCCGGAAGUCUUAAGGUUUUUUUUUUGUUUUUUUUAGCAAUGGAAAAUAUUCAUGGAAGAAGUUAGUAGCCAUGAAGUUGAGGCUGUAUAAAGGCCUGUAUAAAUCCCAUGACGGGCAACACCAUAAUUAUCCACAAAUAUUUGCUUCUGUGAAACUAUUCUCCUGGGUGGGCAUCAGGUGCUUAUUUAAAUAAGAAACUAUACAUUUAUACGAUAGAUGAGACUGUAGUAGUCGAUGUUAGUCCACUUUUAUAUACCAGAAAUCGUACACACAUACAGAAAUAUAUACACGUCAUGUCAUGGAUGCAUUUGAUUGACUGAAUGAAGGUUCUUCCUGGAUCUUUUUUUUCUUUUUUCCUUUUUUUUGGUUACUAUGGUAAUGGCACUGUGGCGCACUCCCAAUUUGACUUUUGGAAAAUGGUAGAAGUAAUGGGAAAAAAAAUUAGCAUACAAAAAAAAAUGUGCCUGUUGGUGGGUACAGCCCUGUCCCUCUUUCUCUCUUACUCUCUCCCUACCUCACUCUCCCACUUCCUGCUCCCUCUCUCCCCCAUCCCCUCAUUUGUCUCUGAAGAGAAGGGAAAGAAAAUUUACUGCAAGAAAGGAGGGAGGGUAAGGAUCAAGGAGGGGUCUUUAUGUAAACAUUCCAUUAUGUGCAAAUAAAAAAUAUAGGAAAAAAAAACGGAAAUUGUUAUGUAAAAAAAAAAAAAAAAAAACUAUGCAAUCAUAAUGUGAUGAAUAUCUGAGUUCUGGGGAAAGAUGGUGGGAUUUGAUCCGGCCCUUUCUGCGAAAGUUCCCUGUCUAAAUUAAACAGAGGAGAGCAGAUUUCUCCAUGUUUGUUGGCUGUCAGGGGGAGAGGAGGGGGAGACAGAGGGAGGGACAAACAGGGAAGGAACUGAGAAGAAAAGACUUGGACCAAAAGCUUGUUUCUUUUUAAUUUCUCUUUUUUUCCCUGCGAGGUUGGAGAGAAAUGAACUCUGGAAUUGUGAUUUUCCUUUUUUUUGUACUCUUUAAUAUCAAACCUUAUCUGCUGUACUGGAAACUGCAACGCCUUCUGUCUCUAAUGAUAAGUGAGUUUCACAAAGCACACAUAAAAGUUUCCUUACAAAAUA